CUGUCACUGCUGGAAGAGUACCCAAUUUCCAUGUCAUUUGCACGGAUCUUGCUGUGAAAUGAACCGAGCAGGGACUUGGAUACUUCUUGGCUUCCCUCGUUGAGUAUUCUGAAGCCAUUGUCUUGCUGUUGUUCUAAUUGUGUCCUGUCCUCCUCUUGCCAAGGCAAACAGCCUCGUCUUGAGGAGACAUUCCUAGGCUCAUCCACCAGCCUGAACAUGAACACAGGCAGAGCUGACGACCACCAGGGUUCCCAAGGGACAUGGGACCUUGAGGGGUCUGGCCCUCAGGAUCAGGACCUCUCAUGAUGCUGGUGUCCUGGAGUGAGCACCAUGCCCAUCACCCAGGACAAUGCUGGGCUGCACCUGCCCCUCCUCUGCCAGUGGCUGCAGAACAGCCUGCAGGAGGGCGGGGAUGGGCCCGAGCAGCGGCUCUGCCAGGCGGCCAUCCAGAAGCUGCAGGAGUACAUUCAGCUCAACUUGGCUGUGGACGAGAAUCCAGUCGCCCCUGACCACAGCCCACCAGAAAUGGAGAUCUGCACUGUGUACCUCACCAAGCAGCUGGGGGACACAGAGACUGUGGGCCUCAGUUUUGGGAACAUCCCUGUUUUCGGGGACUAUGGUGAAAAGCGCAGAGGGGGCAAGAAGAGGAAAACCCACCAGGGCCCCGUGCUGGACGUGGGCUGCAUCUGGGUGACAGAGCUGAGGAAGAACAGCCCAGCAGGGAAGAGCGGGAAGGUCCGGCUGCGGGACGAGAUUCUCUCCCUGAAUGGGCAGCUGAUGGUCGGAGUCGACGUCAGUGGGGCCAGUUACCUGGCUGAGCAGUGCUGGAAUGGAGGCUUCAUCUACCUGAUCAUGCUGCGGCGCUUCAAGCACAAAGCCCAUUUGACUUACAAUGGCAGCAACAGCUCGGAACCAGGAGAGACACCUACCUUGGAGCUGGGUGACCAAACCUCAAAGAAGGGAAAAAGAACGAGAAAGUUUGGGGUCAUCUCCAGACCUCCGGCCCACAAGGCCCCUGAGGAACCGGUGAGCAGUGCUGGCUGCGAGGCGGCCUACGAUGCCGAUGCCGAUGCCGACGCCGGCUCGGAGCUGGAAAACGGCAGCGCCGACCCGGAGCCCGGACACAGACACAGCUCCGAGCUGGAGAAUGGCUCCCACUCUCUUCAGGAGGAGGCUGCAUCCCAUCUAGGGAGCUCAGCAGCCGACAAAGGGGCAGAGCCUGGACUGCCAAAGACAGAGGCUGCUCUGACCACCGGAAAUGACAAAGGCCGCUUCUCCAAAGCUGGGAAAACAGACUUCCAGUCAAGUGACUGCCUGCCGCGGGAGGAAGUUGGUCGGAUAUGGAAGAUGGAGCUGCUCAAAGAAUCAGAUGGGCUGGGAAUUCAGGUUAGUGGAGGCCGAGGAUCAAAGCGCUCACCUCACGCUAUCGUUGUCACUCAAGUGAAGGAAGGAGGUGCCGCUCACAGGGAUGGCAGACUGUCCUUGGGAGAUGAACUGCUGGUGAUCAAUGGUCACUUAUUGGUCGGGCUCUCCCAUGAGGAAGCCGUAGCCAUUCUUCGCUCCGCCACUGGAAUGGUGCAGCUGGUGGUGGCCAGCAAGGAGACCUCUGCAGAAGACCUCCUUAGGCUGACUUCUAAGAGCUUGUGCGAUCUGACCAGCUCAGUAGAGGACGUUUCCUCUUGGACUGACAACGAAGACCCCGAGCUGGAUGGGGAAGAGGAGGAAAGGACCAGCUCAUCUUCUGUCCAGAGAGCAAUGCCCGGCACCAACGAGCCCCAAGACGUGUGCGGCCCUGAGGAUUCCAAGGGGAGCCUACAAAGUCCCAAACAGGGCAGCAGUAAAAUGAAGCUCAAGAGUCGUCUUUCGGGGGGUGUCCACCGACUAGAGUCUGUUGAAGAAUAUAACGAGCUGAUGGUGCGCAAUGGAGACCCUCGAAUCAGGAUGCUGGAGGUCUCCCGAGAUGGCCGGAAGCACUCUCUUCCUCAGCUUCUGGACUCUUCUGGGACAGGACAGGAAUACCACAUCGUGAAGAAGUCCACCCGCUCCCUAAGUGCAACUCACGUGGAGUCUCCUUGGAGACUCAUUCGGCCAUCUGUUAUCUCCAUCAUUGGGCUGUACAAAGAAAAAGGCAAGGGUCUUGGCUUUAGCAUUGCCGGAGGUCGAGACUGCAUUCGAGGCCAGAUGGGGAUUUUUGUCAAGACCAUUUUCCCAAAUGGGUCAGCUGCAGAGGAUGGAAGACUGAAAGAAGGGGAUGAAAUCCUAGAUGUAAAUGGAAUACCAAUAAAGGGCUUGACGUUUCAAGAAGCCAUUCAUACCUUUAAGCAAAUCCGGAGCGGGCUGUUUGUCUUAACGGUUCGCACCAAGUUACUGAGCCCCAGCCUCACGCCCUGCUCGACCCCCACACACAUGAGCAGAUCUAGCUCUCCAAACUUCAACAGCAGUGGGGGGACCUCAGCGGGAGGCUCUGAGGAAGGCAGCUCCUCCUCCACUGCGGGACGCAAGGCCCCGGGGCCCAAGGACAGAAUCGUCAUGGAAGUCACACUCAACAAAGAGCCAAGGGUUGGACUAGGCAUUGGUGCCUGCUGCUUGGCUUUGGAAAACUGUCCCCCAGGCAUCUACAUCCACAGCCUGGCACCGGGAUCCGUGGCCAAGAUGGAGAGUAACCUGAGCCGUGGAGACCAAAUCCUAGAAGUGAACUCCGUCAAUGUUCGCCAUGCUGCUCUAAGCAAAGUGCACUCCAUCUUGAGCAAGUGCCCUCCGGGACCCGUUCGCCUGGUCAUCGGCCGCCACCCUAACCCCAAGGUUUCCGAGCAGGAAAUGGAUGAAGUGAUAGCACGCAGCACUUACCAGGAGAGCAAAGAGGCCAAUUCCUUUCCUGGCUUAGGUACCCCCUUGAAGAGUCCUUCUCUUGCCAAAAAGGACUCCCUUAUUUCUGAUUCUGAAUUCUCCCAGUACUUUGCCCAUGAUGCCCAGGGCUCCUUGUCAGACUUUAUGGUGGCCGGCUCCGAGGACGAGGAUCAUGCAGGCAGUGGCUGCAGCACAUCCGAGGACAGCAGCCUGACUCUCAGCACUUCCACUCACAGGGAGCCAGAAAAAGCCAGGGCCAAUAGCCUCAUGUCUCUCGGAAGCCAGUGGGCCUCUGGACUCUUCCACAAGCAGGUGACGGUUGCCAGACAAGCCAGUCUCCCUGGAAGCCCGCAGGCCCUCAGGAAUCCUCUCCUCCGCCAGAGGAAAGUGGGCUGCUAUGAUGCCAAUGAUGCCAGUGAUGAGGAAGAGUUUGAUGGAGAGAGAGACUGCAUUUCACUCCCAGGAGCCCUCCCAGGUCCUGGCAGGCCACUGUCAGAGGAUGGCGCCAGGCACAUCUCCGUGACUAUAGAGGGCAACAAGCAAAAGGAACCACCCCAGAAAACACUGGUCAGCAAGGCCUCCUCCGUGCCGCUCCUGGGCAGCUCCCUGGACUUGGAGGGGAGCGUGCCAGUGGUGCUUGCUCCUUUCCAGGCAGCUGGCAGGGUCCCCAAGAGUGGCCCUGGAAGCUCAGGAAGAAAGGAACUGUCAGGAUCCAGGAGUUCACCCAAACUGGAAUACAGAGUCCACAUAGACACCCAGGGUGUGAUGAGCACGGAGAACCCUGUUUCUCCCAAGCAGAAGAGUGAAGACCUGGUGUCCAGGCACAAACCAGUGGCCAAGGUCACCCCUUGCUGCAAGAGGCCCACGGCAGAGGCUGGGCUCAGCAGCUCCAAGACAGCGGCCCUGACGGGCAGAGCCGAUCAACCGUGUGGUCAGGACUUGAAUGUCAGAGCUACUCUCAUUGGCGAGACCGUCCCUGAUCCUCAGCAAGAUGGAACCACAGAGAAGGAACCUCUGGGAAAGCUGGGCCCUGGGGACGGACGUGUCCCCACUGACUGCGGGACACGCAGAGCUCUGUCCCACAUGGACACUGGACGCCUCACAGAGAACCUGUCCGAAGCUGCACCAGAGCAGGGACCAGAACCCGAGACUGGACUGGACGGCUCCCCUGCCCUCCUCCCGGCCCCAGGAAAGAAGGGAUCCGCUCAUCCUCUCCCCGGCCGGGUCUCUGCAGACACAGGGCCAGUCAGCCGGCCUGACAGCCCCAGCCAGCCCGCCGCGUCCAGGCUCCGUGAGCCCGAGUGCCAGGGGAGCUCUGUGGUGAGGCUGGCCCAAGAGUGCCACACGGCCCCAGUGGGGACUGCCAUGGCUCCUCCUGACCUCAGCGAGACCCAGGCUGCGCCAGGAGCCCGCCCACCCCAGGACACCAUGGAAGUGGCUGCCUCAAGGGGCUCGGGACCAGGGCCUGAGGGAGCCGCUCCAGCCAGCUCUGUCCUGCCUCGAGGCCCCCUUGCUUCCCAGGAGGGGCGUCCAGGAGCUCCAAGUCACCACAGGCAGGCUGCUGAAAUGACCGGAGUCUGCACACCUCACAGCUCCCCACAGGCUGCCCUGCUCCAGGGCCCGUAUUUCCUACCUGGGAGCCCCUCCCUGCCUGCAUGCCCUGACAGGACCAAACACACCUGGGAUGGUGUCUUGGGGCACAGCUGCCCAUCUGAGAGUGGAGGAAGCCCUGCAACAGACAUUGACAACUUCAUCCAGGAGUCAGAGGCUUCUGCAGCCAGGUCCCAGUCUUCCCAGAAGGGGGACUGUGGAGGUCACGAGGGUUCUGAGAUUAUCCACCAUGAGCAGCCAGUCAUGGGCGACCAGACGCCUUCCCCAAGGAAGGCCUCACAGUGGGCCUCCCAGCCUUCAGUUUUGGAUUCUGUUCAUCCUGACAAACAUUUUAUUGUGAACAAAAACUUUCUGACAAGCUACUCUAGAAAUUUUAGCAGUUUUCACGAUGACAGUAUCUCCUUGUCAGGCCUGGGCGACAGCACAGAGCCAUCUCUCUCAUCCAUGUAUGGUGAUGCUGAAGACUCGUCUUCUGAACCUGAGUCACUCACUGAAGCCACACAAGCUUCUACCAGAGGCAGCUGGUCACCUCCUCAUCCGCAUGGGUCUUCUCACAAGGAAGACACUGCAGAGUCUGAGGAAGAACAAAUCGAAAUUUGUUCCACAAAUGGUUGCCCCAGUGUACCCUCAAUAGAUACCCAUCAUCCCGUCCAGGAUACGCCCUGGCCUGCUUCAGCCAAAGUUCUGCCAUUACAGCACAGUGCCCGGAGUGAGACUGUGGACAGCUCCUGUGAGAAAGCCUCCUUCUUGCCAGGGGCUCCAUGCCCUUCCAUCUCAGACUCUUUCCAGCCACUCUCACUCCUGGAUAUAAGCUCUCAGGAGCAGGAAACUCCUUCAGACAUAAGCAUUUCACAGAUUCAUGAAUCCUUGUGUGCAGAAGACACUGUGGGAGUCACCAGUGCCAGCUCAGCCAUGGACAACAGCCAGCCUUCUAAGGCCACCAGGCACUGUCACAACCCACCAGACACACUCAGCUCCCCCAGCAUGAUAAAUGGCUUGGGACAAAACCUGCUGGAUGACAAAACCCCAAAUGAACAAGUAACAAAUGCUACUGCAACAGAAAGCAUGUACUCCUUCAGUGCAGAUGGCCCUAAGAAUGGAGAGUCAGUUCUGGCAAAUCUACACGUCUCUGAAAGUCAAGACUUUGAUGACUUGUUACAGAAACCAAAAACGAUCUCCAGGAGGCCCAUCAUGGCCUGGUUUAAAGAAAUAAGUAAGAAUAACCACAGUACCCAUGUGCAGAGCAAAACUGAGAGAGAACCCUCCACACCACCAGCCAAGGGUCCUGACUCCAAAAUCCAGGCGUUGAGCUCAAGCCACAAAAAGGGGUUUGGUGUGCCCAGUAGCCCUCCUCCACUCAAAGUCAGUCUUGAAAAUAAGGACUCAUCUAAAAAAGGCUCAGUGGAAGCACUUGUGAGUAACUGUCAGAAAGCCAAAUGUGGCCCUACGCUGAAGAGACUCAGCAUCAAAAGCAAAAGCAAAGUUGGCUCCGAGGUCCCAGCUUCGAACUGUAAGGCUGGUGGGACAGAUCACAGGAAAUCCUUAGUUUCACCCCGGACCUCGCACAAAACACUUCCUAAGGCAAUGUCACAGCGGUUCCACAUAGCUGACCGAGAGGACCCUGACAAAAACACCACAGACUCCCCCGAGUCUCCCCAGGGCAGGCUGGAGAGCAAGCCCACACUGGCUGCCUCUAGCUCACGGAAGCCCUCAGCCUCAGACACGAGCAUCCGAGCUUUCACUUCGGCCCCGACCUCCCCUAAGACUCCUCCCGAGCAAGGCACAUACAGUAGGUUCCACGCGGCUGUCCACUCAGCAGCCAGCAGAGGCUGUCCAGCUACCCCCCGAUCUCCUCAGGCCGGCAGUGCUGACUCUGGCACCGUGAGUCCCACAGCAUCGGGGCACAGUGCGCCCUCGGCAGGGACCAGACAGGGAGAGCAGCAGGGCUCCAGCCAAACAGACUCAGUAUCAGAAGUGGUCCAACCUAGAGGGACCAACGAAAAAGGAAGCAAAAGCCUUGCUAGUGACUCCCUAGAGAGAAUAAACCAGCUGAAAAUAGUUGAGAUUUCCUCUGAAAGAAGGCCAAAGAAUGCAUGCGGUGACAAGCCAGCUGAAAGUGACAGGCAGGGAGGGCACCUGGCCCAGAGCAACCGUCAGAAGAGUGAAAUCAGAUGCCACCAGUCAGUGGAACUGUCCCCAAAUUAUCCACCCUCUGUCAUGUCUCAUGCCUCUCCCGUGGAGCAGGAAAUGCAACGAUCAUUCUGUGUAGCCAAACUGGUUUCUUCCUCCUCCCCUCAGCUGCCUGCUAAAAAACCAGCUUCCUCUCCGGGAGGAUGGAGCCAGAUACCAGACUCCCUAGGGGUGUCCAGCACUGGCAUCCCAGUGGGCCCCUCGGGGGAGGACCCUCCCUACUUCACACCACGGCCGGCCACCAGGACCUACUCCAUGCCAGCCCAGUUCCCCAGCCAUUUUGGACAGGAGAAUCAUGCCUUGCACAGCCCGGCUCGCUCUCCUCGGGACAGCCAGGUCCCCGUAAAGAGCAGUGGUCACCCGUUGGAGGCAAAGGCUUCCAAAGGCGGCAUUCUGGGCCUGCCCAAUGGACAGGGUGUGGACAGUGUAAAGCCUCUGCUGGAAACAUCAAGGAACCUCCACACAACAGACAAAGGGGACCUCAUCUCGGGCCAGGAGACAAGUUGCCUUGUCUCAGACAAAGUCAAAGUCACCAGGAAGCAUUACUACUUUGAGCACAACUGGCCCCUCGAAUCUACCUCAUUCUUUUCUGUGAAGCAAAGGAUCAAGUCCUUUGAGAACCUGGCCAAUGCUGACCGGCCCACAGCUAAGGCUGGAGUGUCUCCAUUUUUGUCGGUGAGCACCAAGCCUCCCGUUGGCAGACGGUCUUCCGGCAGCAUCAUUUCUGGGAGCCUCUGCCACCCCAGUGAUGCAGCAGCGAGGUCACUGAGGCGCAGCCUGAGUUCCUGCAGUGAAAGCCAAAGUGAAGCCAGUACCCUUCUCCCGCCAGUGAGCAAGUCCCCAUCGAGCUUGACAUUGAUCAUCUCCCGGCAGAAUCCAGCAGAGACCAGCAGCAAGGGUCCUGAUUCAGACCAAAAGAAAUCACCGACGACUCUGGGAAUUCCCACCCCAACCGUGACCCCACCCUCUCCCGUCAGGAAGAACAAGUCCUCGGUGCGCCACACACACCCCUCACCUGUGUCCCGCUCCAAGCUGCAGGACCUGAGAGCGCUGAGCAUGCCCGAUCUGGACAAGCUCUGUGGGGGCGACGAUUACUCUGCAGGGCCCAGUGCGGUGAUCUUCAAAACCCAGCUGGAGAUUGUCCCCAGGAGGUCUCGAAGUGGCUCCCCGGCAGGAGGCCUUCCAGCCAGUGAGCCUGCAGCACCCAGUCCAGCCAGCGAAGCCAGCCAACCUGUCCAGGACCUGCCUUCUGGGAAAAGCUGGUCAAUUAAUUUGGAUCAACUUCUCAUCUCAGUGGGGGACCAGCAGCGAUUACAGUCCAUUUUAAAGUCAGUGGAGUCGAAAUCCUCCAUCCUAACUCUCCUUCAGGAAGCAAAAGCACAAUCAGAGAAUAAGGAAGAUAUUUUCUUCGUAGUGUUGAAUAAAAAAGAAGGCUCAGGUCUGGGAUUCAGUGUGGUAGGAGGAACAGAUGGGGACCUGAAAUCAGUCAUGAUCCACAGGGUGUUUUCUCAGGGGAUGGCUUCUCAGGAAGGGACUGUGAACCGAGGGGACUUCCUUCUUUCUGUUAAUGGUGCCUCACUGGCCGGCUUGGCCCACGGAGAUGUCCUGAAGGCUCUGCAUCAGGCACAGCUGCACAAGCAGGUCCUCGUGGUCAUCAAGAAAGGGAGUGACCAGCCCAGGUCCUCUGUCAGGCAGGAGCCUCCUGUGGCCAAUGGAAAGGGUUCACUCACCAAAAAGACCACCCCACUGGCACCUGGAACUGCUGCUACGGGGAGAAGCGGAGCUGCUCAUGAGGCUCUGUGUGUUGAAGUGCUGAAGACCUCGGCUGGACUAGGACUGAGUCUAGAUGGAGGCAAAUCGUCUACAGCUGGAGAUGGACCCCUGGUCGUUAAAAGGGUGUACAAAGGUGGUGCAGCAGAACAAGCUGGAACAAUAGAAGCUGGAGAUGAAAUUCUUGCCAUUAAUGGGAAUCCCCUGCUUGGGCUCAUGCACUUUGAUGCCUGGAAUAUUCUGAAGUCUGUUCCAGAAGGACCUGUGCAGUUAGUAAUUAGGAAGCACAGGAAUUCUUCAUGAAUUUUAGUAAGGGUCACCUUUUCUCAGUUCUCUUAUUUUAGUGAAUCAAAAUGACUUCUUUAAAUGAUGGGUUGAGACAACAAUGGUAUAGACAAGGACUAUAAAAAUCUCCAAGUUUGUACUUACACAUGAAGCCUCACCUAUUGUGUUGUAGCAACAAUGAAGGUAAACUCUAGAAGCCAUUCACCUAGGCUAGGGAGUUCAUUUUGUUCCAGUGCCUGUCCCCUCCUUUUAAGUCUGCAGUGGGGAUACAAGAGGUGACAUGCCCUUUUUCAUCUGAAACACCUAGCUACACCUCCACAUCCCUCUAGCUCCAUCUCCUAAUAUAUAAUCCUGGUGAGUAGGGACCUGAGGGGUGACACAAAUAUCACGACUAAAAAGACUGUAGUUUCAUAUAACUUUGUAAGUAAAUGACACAGUACUCUUAGGCACAUUCAAUGGAGAGAGGAGCUGUAGGUAGGUAGAUAGUACCCUGAACAGAAAAUGAAUAAUGUCCUAAUCAGUAGGCUGAGCUCAGGAAUUAUCAAAACUAAAAAAGCAAAAUACAGAAAGUAAUAUUUUUUAAUGUAUAAUGUAUGGAUGCAGAGUUCAACUCAAUGAGUUGACUAUGAAGUAUUGAUCAUUUUCUAUUUCUGCAAAUUUAUAGAAUAACAGUCCCAAUAAACUGUAUACAUAGCUCUGAGCUUUGCUGCUAGGAGGAGCAAGAAGUUCCAGCUCUGAAAGCACCUUGCAUCUAGUUUUCAGACUGGUCUUGAGCAAAUGCUUGAGUUCAAGACUAGUCAACAUAAAAGUAGGCAAAACUCUCAGUCACUGGGUCUCCAUUUCUACAUCUUUAAAUUUCCAGAAAUCAAGUAUCUUUUUAAUGUUCUUGGAUUUAGAGACAUAGCCAUUCUUUUUAAAAUACAAAUUUAAAAGUUUAAAGUAAUUCUCUGGGGAGACUUGUUUGGAUGGUUUUUCGUGGCCCAACACACUUCAGAAAUGUAGCCAAGUAAUGGAUCUUUUUCUUGACCUGGUACAGUGACAGAGCUCUGAAGUGACUGAAGUUUUUGCUGUUUGUUUUCCAAAUUCUUCCUUUUGCCAAAACUGUUUUCCUGCAGACUGUUUUGACUCAUGCUGCUUGUGAAACUCCCCUGGCUGCCAUUAGCUUCUUCGGAGUAGCAUCCCCUGUCACAAUGUUGACUUUUCUCCCUUCCCACUGUACCUUAUUUUCCUAAAUUGCAAAGCCUCAUAAGCUUGGUUUACCAAAAUGUCAUAAGAAUGAGAAAGAAAAAUGGAAAAACAGGGUGAGUGAAGGUAAAGGAUUAUGCAGUAUUUAUAAUCCAAAUCCUCGGGUGGUGCAGGCCACCCCGUUGCAUGCCAGGAAUACGGGUGGAGAUUGCAUUUGUCAUACCUGAACACAUGAUGCUAAGAUUUUAUGUUGGCAAUUUCUUUACAUAACCUACAGCUAGGUCUAUGGCUACAAGCCUUGGACCAUUGAAAUACAUUAGCUGUCACCUUUGUACAUUUUUCUGAGUGACCAAUCUUGCUAUGUAUCUACGGAGUUAGCCCAGAGGUCCCUCGAAUGGGAGUGAAAUAUCUGGCUUACACGAGGCCAGAUUUGUCAUUUUUCAACAGGUUAUACAAAAGAAUAUGUAGUACAGGAGUUAGCUAGAAAACCUGAUUGAUUUAGCUUCUAUUUUUCAUUGCAGUUACAGGUAGGAUACUAUAGGAAGUCAGUGCAAGGUGCAUGCUAGAUUGUUUUUUAAGUCUCUGAGGUCAGUUUUGUGGUUUCUGCUCUCUUGCCCAAAUGUUGAGGCUAUCUGAAAUCAACACUGAAAACCAAUUUUUCCCUUCACUCUUACAACAAUGCCUAUUUAUAAGAAAUUCGUAGUCUUAUGUGAUCAGACAGGAAUUUCUAGAGCAAAAUGGAGCAAUGGCAUGGUCUUCUAAGUCCCUACUCCUCAUGUCUGAAGAGUACAGGGUGAAUCUCUGGCUUACCACACUAUGUUAAAAUCAACCAUUUCUACAAGAUCUUGCCAGAAGGGUUCCCCAGCCAACAGUAAGAAUGAGGGAAGAAGCAAAAACUAAACCGUGUUUGACCCUGACAUAGAAAGCUAUUUAUUUGUCUUCGAUGUUCAAGGCAUGACUAGUAUUUCUAAUUAGUCUAAUAAAUUCCCACACUCCCUGAAGUGAACACUAAUGGUAUUGUCCUACUAAAACUUUCAUGUUUUUUUUUUAAACUGGUCAUUCAUUCACAGUAAGCUAUGAGGGUAAAUAUGUGUUUAACAUGUAAAUCAUAGUUGCAAGAAUAUACCAUGAAGGCUGAGGAGCCUGGGUUUCCUUUCCAUCCUCCCACACACAUCUCAUUGAAUUGUAUGGUUGACUUAAUUGGCACCACACCUGUUGUAUAUUAUAUAUUCUCCUUUAUGUAAAAUAAAAUGCCUUAUAUAUUAAAGAGUAAGUGCAAUAAUAUGAAAUAGCCUGUACAUUUUAAAAUGUUGUCACCAAGUUAUGUAAAUCCACAUGUGUAAACAACUUUUUUAAGUAAUUUUAAAAAAUAAACUGCUUACUACUUGUU